CAACGACAAGAGGCUGGGUUUGCGACGAGACAUUCUCCCGAUCUUAAUACUCGCAUUUCUCAACGUUCAACACAUCCCACCGCACGAAUCGCCAUCCAUAAAUCACAAUUCACAAUGGCGCUCCCCAGCUCCAGACCAAAGCUGCCCGUCGCAGUCGAAAAGCCCACACCCUACACCUUCGACCUAGGCCACCUCCUCGCCGAGGACCCCAACCCCGUGGACCUCGACAAGUCCGAACUUGAGCAGUCCCUCGCCGAGCUCGCCCGUGACGGCGCCCAGUCCCUCAUCAACCAGCUCCUGACGACGUGCCCCCUCAGCUCCACCCCAGAGGGCGUGCUCCUCUCCCUCCCGGCCCCGAGCACCCGCCUCCCGCGCGAGAAGCCCGUCCCCGAGGCCAAGCCCCCGACAAAGUGGGAGCGCUUCGCCGCCAAGAAGGGCAUCAAGCCCAAGACGCGCGAGCAGCGACGCAACCUGGCCUACGACGAGGAGUCUGGCGAGUGGAAGCGCAAGUGGGGCUACAAGGGCCUGAACAAGAAGGGCGAGGACGACUGGUUGGUCGAGGUCAACCCCGAGAAGGAGAUGAACAGAAAGGAGGGCACCAGCGUGAGGGGCGACGGCCGGAGGGAGCGCAAGGAGAGGGUCAAGCGCAACGAGCGCAUGAUGCGCAAGAACGAGAGGAAUGCCGUCAGCAAGUCCGGCAAGAAGAAGUAG